GUAGCCGUUAGAUUAAAAGCAUAGACGCUUGACUUUACAGUUCUCACAUUUCUAAUUCAUUUUCCACACACUCCUUAUAUAAGUAACGACAUCUCCGUCUCUUAUUUCUUCCAAAAUCUCUCCCUUCUCUAGUUCUCUUCCACAAAAACACGCCCAAUUAUCUUCAUACAAGCAGCUGUGAUGGCUGUUGAUCUUAUAAAUCUACAGAAGAUGCUGAGCCACUCGGUCUUCAACGAAUCAGCCUCUCAGGAAAUGAACAACAUCGAAGAGCAGCUGACUCGCAUAUUACAAUCUCACAACCAACGAGUGUUAUCAAACGGUGAUUCGAUUAAACCUUUGGUGACGAGAAAAACAGGUCACGCUCGUUUUCGUCGCGCGCCGGUAGUUAUUUCUACUUCUUCGGAACAGAUUGAACCGGCAAAGCCGGUUGAGCCGGCUGAGGUGAAAUUAGAGGCUAAUUGUGUUGAGAUGAAGGAGAAGAUAGUUAAAGAGAGUAAAGUUUUGGAUAGUAGUAACUCGUCUGGGAGCAGCUCGUCGGUUACUAGAGAAGAAGGCACUGUUUCGAACGGUAAGCCGUUGUUUUCGGCUCCGGCGCCGCGCACGUUCUCGGCUGGGAAGCCGCCGCUUCCGACUUCUCACAGGAAAAGAUGCCGUGAGGUUGAAGUUUCGCAGGGAUUGUUCGGCAAGCCUUCUGGCUCUCGUGGUUGUCACUGCUGCAAGAGAAGGAAAACAGUGAUUAAGAGGGAGAUUAAACGAGUCGUCACGAGCGGAUCAUCAAAAGUUUCUCCUGAUGAUAUACCAGCGGAUAAAUACUCCUGGAAAAAAUACGAUCAGAAGCUGAUUCCAGGCACACUAUAUCCACGUGGCUACUACAAAUGCAAUAGCGCGAGCGGAUGUCCAGCAAGGAAACACGUGGAGAGAGAUAGCACCGAUCCAACGGUCCUGAUCUUAAUCUACGAAGGAGAACACCGGCAUCAUCAUCAUUCAAGUCCACAUCGCCACCGUUCGAUGAAGAUGCCUGAGGGUUUGACCAGACUUAAUAAUAGUAGUAGUGGUGUUGGUAUAUGCUGCUAGAGGACUUAAAUUAGUCUUUUAAUAAUCAAAUUGAAUGCGGUCCGUUUGUUAGGAGUUGGUUGGAGAUUACAUCAGCUACUUGGUGGGUGUGGAAUGGAUUUAACAAUUAAUUUGUAUUCGGUGGAGUGGAAGAGCAGAUGUGUUUCAUUUUGGAUGUAUAUAUGAUGAGAUCGAGUGGUUUAUAGAAUCAAAUUUUCAUUGACCUCAAGAGGGGAUUUUGUUCUGCUUUUUUAAUUUUGAUGGAUUCUUUAUUGUUUAUUUAUUCGAAAAAUAGUCAAAUUGAUCGAUAUGCUUGGGAUUC